AUGGCAGAAUCAAAAACAAUCUUCAUGGUUUUUAUUAUUUGUCUCUUAUGCACAUUGUUGGUGAGCGUCUCUGGAAUACAGGCCAAUCCAUCAUGCACGACAUCAAGAGAAUGUGAGUUGAAACCCAAGACGGAGAUGACCAAGACGAUACUGUGCAAGAAGGACCGUGACUGUCCUAGUUCUAGUGAAUGCCCCAAAGACUACUAUUACUCUUGUCUUCAUGGAGAAUGUACUUGCAUUGCAGUAUAA